GUGUACCUGGGCCUCUACGACCAGCAGAAUAGCAUCAGAUCGUGGAUCAUAGCAAACAUGAGGCUCCUACUUCCAUUCUCUUGCUUCCUUCUCUCAGUAACAGCCAUUCCAACCUAUGGGACCUAUCCCGUGGGUGGAGUUUAUCAUGGACCUCCAGCACCCUUAGCCCAAGACGGAAGGGUGAUCGACACGCCAGAAGUGGCGCACGCGAAAGCAGCCCACUUAGCAGCUCACGCCAUCGAAGCAGCAAAGGCUUCCUCCUUGGGCUACUCGGAUUACCCUGAUGGAAAAUACGAGGAAUACGUUAGUCCAGCGCAAAACAUUUAUCAUGGACCUCCAGCACCCUUGGCUCACGAUGGACGCGUGAUCGACACCCCGGAAGUCGCGCACGCCAAGGCUGCACACUUGGCCGCUCACGCUGAUCAACUUUCGAAGAUCGUGAAACAGUCCUAUGGUGACGCGUAUCCUCAGGUCCAUUGGUACCAAUUGAAGAAGAAUGAAAAAAGAAAAAAGAAAAAGAAGCUGAAAGCGCCACUUGUAUCACGACGUGACAACAUGCCGCCUGUAAAGGUUCUUCUUUUCGUCACUUUACACGUGGUUUGCUGUGCACCACAGUGGUAUGGCGGUGGCCAUCCUGGAGCCUAUGGUGGCCAUGCAGCUCCAGCGCCAUUGGGACCCGAUGGAAGAGUCGUAGACACACCGGAAGUGGCACAGCUGAAGGCAGCUCAUUUGGCUGCUUUAGCUGAUGCCAAUGCUAGAGCACCCAAGGGUCUGGGUCCUGCUGGUCCCUAUCCCGGCCCUGCCGGUUCCUACGCACCUGGAAACUAUGCUGCACACUACAGUGGACCACCAGCUCCAUUGGGACCAGAUGGCCGCGUGGUGGACACGCCGGAAGUGCAGCAAGCAAAGGCUGUGCAUUUUUCCCUAUACAGUGCUGAAGCUCAACGCGCCCCCACUGGCCCAGCCGGUCCAGCUGCACCUGUUCCCCACAACCCUUCAUGGAACUCAGGCGCUUACAAUCCGUCCUGGAACGGGAACAGUUGGAAUCAGUAUUAGAUAUUACAAACGAUCGUCCAUUCUUCCUUCUUUCAUGUUCUACCUCGAUCCACUCGAUCUACCUCGAUCAUUGUGACAGAGAAAAUAUUAUCGAAAAUCUACACUAUUUUCAUUUUUUCUUUUUCUUUGUCUCUUUUGUGGCUUACUGUUUAUUAUGAUUGCAGCUGCUGAUUUGCAAUCGUGUUUCAUCUACCUCCUUUUUCAUUCUUUCUGUUCUGAGCUCGUAUUGCAUCAUCAGAUUCAAAAUCAAAAUUUUGAUUUGUAAUAUUUUUA